GAUACCAGCCCUGAUGUGAGACCUCCAUAUACUCAAUACUAAAAGCACUAAAAAUAACAGCUUUCGUGUUGCGCCUUAGCGGAAGCGCUGUGGUAAAACUAGCAGCCAGGAAAUGGAAUUCCAAGCAAGAGACACGAUUUGUACAGCGCCGCCUCCUUUAGUUUAUAGCACACGUGAUCAGACUACGACAUUCUUCAAGGCCCUAGUUGGCGUCACCUCUGAAUGACGUAAACAGGAGGUGAGCCUUGUCGUUCCUCCUCCUCCUUCCCAGGUGAGCAAGUGAUGUCACUGCCGGGCAGGUGAGCUGUCGCCUGUGGUUGGCGAAGGACAGCAAGCAGCUUCCACCCACGGAAGAAGAGCGAACUUCACUGUGGGCGUCAGUAGCCGCUCUACCAUGGCCGCCGCUUCCCUCCAGCCCUUGAAAUGUCUAUUGCUGUGGAUCUUUCUCGUUGUCUCGCCGCCGGUGAAGGCGGUACCGGAGCAGGGAGUCUGGUCAGUGCCCCUUGGCAAUAUGGCAGGUUCUCUGUUCUUCAGGAAAACUCUCUAUAAUUCCACAAACAUUAAAUUAAAGUUUACUGCACCUAAUUGUCCAAAUCCAGUGAAACUUACUCUAAAAUGGUAUCUGAGAUUUCACCGGUGCUACAAUCAGUUUACCAACCUUGAAGAAGUCGUAAUAAGACACCACACAAAUUUGGAUACAACUGACAAUUUUUGUAAAAACGUUUCUAAGCCGGAUUUCUGUGACAAAAGUGAAGAUAAGAACAUUGAGUGCAACAAAGACACGCACGUAUUUCCUAUGUUAAAGGUCUUUGAUAUUGUGACUAGUACACAUCAAGAUGGCCCUUACCUCUUUGUGCUGCAAGUAAAAGCAGGUGAAAAAGAAGAAUGGAAUGUUACAGUUACUGUAUCAAUGAAGGGCCCUCAUGGGUUCAUCUCUGCCUCUGAUUGGCCACUGAUGAUUUUUUACAUGGUGAUGUGCAUAAUGUAUAUACUACUUGGACUACUUUGGUUCAUCUGGUGUGCUUGUUACUGGAAAGACCUGUUGCGGAUCCAGUUCUGGAUUGCUGCUGUUAUUUUCUUAGGCAUGUUGGAAAAGGCUGUUUACUAUGCUGAAUAUCAGAACACAAACAACUCUGGAGUUUCUUCACAUGGUCUGCUGAUAUUUGCUGAGUUGAUUUCUGCUAUUAAAAGAACAUUGGCAAGGUUGCUGGUGACAAUUGUCAGUCUGGGAUACGGCAUAGUUAAACCACGUUUAGGAGCUGUUAUGCACCGUGUAGUUGGAAUAGGGGUUCUGUAUCUUGUAUUUGCCGCAGUGGAAGCAAUAAUGAGGGUUAUUGGGGAUAAAGAAUCUGACCUGGUCUUGUUGGCCAGUAUUCCUUUGGCUCUACUGGACUCUGGCUUGUGUUGGUGGAUAUUUGUAAGUCUGGCUCAAACAAUGAAGAUCCUGAAGUUAAGGAAACAAACAGUCAAAUAUUCUCUGUAUAGGCACUUUACAAACACCUUAAUUUUUGCUAUAUUAGCAUCAAUAAUAUUUAUGAUGUGGACAACAAAGAAGUUCCGAUUAGCAGAUUGUCAAGCUGACUGGAUGGAACUCUGGGUGGAUGAUGCAUUUUGGAGGUUUCUUUUCCUUACUAUCUUACUAGUCAUCAUGUUUCUUUGGAGACCUUCUGCAAACAACCAGAGGUAUGCAUUCACCCCUUUAAUGGAUGAUUCAGAUGAUGAAGUUGAAUUCCUGGUAACAGAUCACUUAGCUGAAGGGAUGAAAUUAAGAGGAACAAAACCAGAAUGUAACGGUGCACCUAAGCCUCCUGUUAAUGGUGAUGAAGAUUUAAAGUGGGUGGAAGAGAAUAUUCCAUCUUCAUUUGCUGAUGCAGCACUUCCAGUGUUAAUGGACUCUGAUGAGGAGAUCAUGAUGACCAAAUAUGAAAUGUCGAAGAUUGAAUGAAUUAGGUGGCUGACGGAACAGUAAAAUUCUCCGAACUUCAGUAUACACUACUCCAUCUUUUUGGUGAGGGGAACAAUGAUGAUAAUUGAGUGAUAUGGAAAGAGCACUUCCAAACCUUGCACAUGUAUACUUCAAACUAAAAACUUUUAAGCCCUGUUCUCAUUCAUAUCAUUUUUGUGUGCUUGUAGUAAGAUGAUAAAGUGACUUGUAUCGCAACCCCACCCCUUCCCUUCUGUACAGUUGUGUUGAAUGUGGCCUAAAAAUGAAGAUUUGGGGUUUCCACUUAUAUGUAUAAGGCAUGUCUUUUAAAAUGGAUAUUUGGAUGAACAUUCUGUUCUGCGUUUCAUGCAUUGCAUUGUCAGAUCUUCUUAGAUCUUGUUUGUGGCUGUGGAGCCAUGAUAUAUACACACAAAAUCCUAUGAAAGUCCCAGGUCCGGGUCUGAGGUAUGCAUUUCUAAAAGGCAAUGCAAACGUUGGCAAUUGCCGUUUGUAUGUGUAUACGUUGUGAUGAUGAACAUGCUCUUUUUAAUAUGCUGUUCACUUCCGUUCCUUUUUAACCAUUUUUUUUCAUGUGUGUAAUAUUCUUAAUGCACAUUUUUUUUUUGUACUCUUGUUUUUGUGUUAUUUAUGGAGAAACAUUUUGUACAUAAGUGAAGGUUUGAGAAAGGCAUACUUGGGGCAUGUGUGAUCUCAAUACAAAAGGUUUACUCCCCUCUUAAUUUUGCUUACGAGCUUUAAUUAUUAAAUGCAAUAAUAGUAAUUGAGUUUGUUGCUCUUGAGUUUAGUAAGCUGUAUGCAGCUGAAUGGGCUUGAAAAACAUUUUAUUUUGCAUCCGUUAAAGUAAAUGUGAAUAAUAAAAAGCCAAAAAUCCCUAAAGCGUAAUGCACACAGAUAAACAGGUCUAUAAAGAUAAGACAAUGAUUUGGGAAGUUGAAUGGGUAUUUGGAGGCCCAACAACUGUGUAAAUUGCCUUGGCCUAAAAGGGAACUGCUGGUGAACCUGAUUUUUCAGUAAGGGGAAUGCUACAAAAUAUUUGUAAUUUACCUUGAUUAAAAUUAUAACCUAUGAAUUAUAGUUUAUAGUUCAAAGUAAUGGGAGGAAAUAAACCCUUAAACUGUCCUUUCAUGCUAACAUCUUCUCAUUUGGGCCGCAGACCAGCGAAUUGGAUCCUAUGCAAGACCCAUUGGCUGGACAGGUUCAUAAUUUACAACUAAACGUGGGUUUUUAGAUUACCCAGAUAAUUUAAAAAGUCAUUUUGACAAUAGUUUCCUAGUGUGUAUAUCUCAGACUCCAUUUACAUUGUUGUAGUUCUCUGUCAAGCAAAAGUCUUGCUGGGAAUAUUCCUGAAGCUGCCCAUACAUGCCCACAUAGGGUUGGACGGUGGUUUGGGCAAUUUUAAAUAUCGUUUCCAACCAUCUGGGCAUGUGUAGCAAGACAAAUAAGAUAAUCCUACGAUCCCAGUGGAUCAGAAAUUGCCUUUCCUGGUGGCAAAUGUCACCAGGAAAAAUGGAGAUGACACAGAGCCGCAUAUACUCAUCACUUCUUGCUCUUCAGAUGCUCGGCCCAAACAAAUGGAAUGAUAGAAAAAUAGCCUUAGCCAUGUAUUGCCAAUCAUUAGAUAUCCAUGCAUUCAGCCUUUGGGUUGAAGUAUCCUAUGGGUUGGCCCAAGUAUGGCCACCUUGAGUUAUAGUUUGGAUCAGCUGCUAAUUAAAAAAGUCUUUUCCAGCAAAGCUGUAAAGUAAAGGCAGUUUAAAGUAUUGAGUUAAUGGAGCAGUAACAUCAAAAAAUGAAAGUAUAUUAAAGUCAUGAAGAUUGAAUGUAGUAUUGCUCUGCACUUUUAUAAUUGGUGUGUUUGCAUCAGAAUCACUACUAGAGGUUUUAUAAACCAGCUACUGUGUAGCCAUCGGGGCAGCCAUUGAAGCUGGAAAAAAGCAGAAAAGGCACAUGAUGAUACAAAGCAGAUAACCGAUAAGCUCUGUAGUAUACAGUUGGAGUCUUCAGGACUUAUCUGUUAUCUCUUGUGUAUCCUGUGCUUGAAUGGCUGCCCCAUUGCUACACAGCAGCUUCUUUAUAUAAAUUAUAGUAGAGUUUCUAAAGCCAACACACCAGAUGCUGCUUAUUUGUUAAGUAUUGCUGGUACGUCUUCCGUAUCCAUUUUGACAGAAAGCAAUGAAUUCUGGGCUGGGUAUAAACAUUGUACAUUUUGCCCCCCAGCUCUAAUUUCUGGGAAUAAUCCUAAUACAAGUAUGGGAUCCAUUAAUCGAAUACCUGUUAUCCAGAAAGCUCUGAAUUCAUCAGAUAAUUCACAUUUUUAGAAAUGAAUUCCUUUUUCUCUGUAAUAAAAAAACGGUAACUUGUACUUGAUCCCAACUAAGAUAUAAUUAAUCCUUAUUGGAAGCAAAACCAGCCUAUUGGGUUUAUUUAACAUUUACAUGAUUUUCUAGUAGACUUUUAAGGUAUGCAGAUCCAAAUUACAGAAAGACCCAUUAUCCAGAAUGCUCAGGACCUGGGGUUUUCCAAAUAAUGGGUUCCAUACUGGUAUUGUCAUUGACUCUUUUUGUAAGUGGGGGAAAAAUUAUGUAUAGAUCAAUGAUUUAUAGAUAACCAAUCAUUUUAUUUCCAUGAUAUUACCUGCACUAUACUGUAAGUAUUAGAGAGAUUAAAGGAGUAUAAGUGAUCCAGACUGGGAAUGUUCCUGACCCAUAUUGUAGAUAAACAGUAACUGCUGAUAUCGGAGCUUGAGCUAAAAGCUCACAGAUCAUUGUUUUGUUUGUUGCUUUCAUAUUUAAAAAAAAAAAAGACAGAGAAUGGUAAUCUGAAGGAAUUUCUUUACUUGAACAAUAAGUCUGUAUUACUGUGCCUUAUACUUGUAUUCUACUUUCAAUAAAAAUUCUUUCUAAGUA